AUGGCUUCGAAGUUGGAUGGAUUUAUUCGCCCGUAUCGGGGCAAACAGGACGACUUUGAUGAGUUCUGGGCUAAGUUUCUGGUCUUAGCCAAGGCCAAUAAGUGGGCCGAUGACGCUGCCAAGGCUGAGCAUCUUCCGUUGUUCCUGAGUGGACAAGCCUUUACGGUUGUCACUCAAUUGUCUGACGAGGACAAAAAAUCGCCGGCAAAAAUUAAAUCUGCGCUGGAGCAGGCAUUUUGCCCCACGCCUGGUGCUGCCUACCGUUCAUUUACGUCAAGGGCUUUGCGGAAUGGAGAGCCUGUGGACGCGUACCUGGCAGAUUUGAAGCGCCUACUUACGCUGUCUGGCCAUAAGAUUGCGGAUAAUUCAGAUCCCGUGCUGAUUGAGCAGUUCCUGAGUGGGUUGCCAGCUGAUAUUGGUCACCACGUUCGUAUGGCGUCUGCUACGCAGAAGCUCACUGUCACUGAUAUGGCAAAUCAAAUCAGAGUCAUGCAGGCAUCCAAACUCCCAGAAUCCCAUGGUGCUGUUGCUGCUGCUAGCUCUCAGCCCAAGAAGUCGCUCGUGUGUUACCAGUGUAAGGCCGUGGGCCAUGUGAGAUCACAGUGCCCGAAGCGUAAGCCCAGUGUCACCUGUUAUGCCUGUAAAGCGAAAGGGCAUAUUUCCAAGGACUGUCCGAACAAGAGUCGAGUUGGAAAUGUCGCUGCUGGUCACGCGCCGCCUGAACGUACGGAUAUUUGCCUUGCUCUGGCAAAAUCGGAUGGAGACCUAGUUCGUGUAGCCGUGGACGUACAGGAACCCAGUACUGAGUCUAGUACAUGGACGCGUUUUGCCUCUGUGGUGGAUUCUGGCUGUACUCGCACACUGGUGGAGUCGGCUGUUGUUGACCGAUUGAACCUAUCAGCUGCAGUUUCUCCCUGUCAGGACAAGCUGUUGUCUAUCGACGGAACACCACUUACUAUCCUUGGCAACGUCACGCUACGUGUGCAACGACUUGAUGGAGCCGUCCAUUUGCCUCGGAUCACUAUUGAUUGUCUCGUUGUGCCCAACUUGUCGUCCUUGAACACGGACUUCCUGAUUGGCACAGAUACCAUUGGCAAGGUCGGUGGCCUCACUCUACGUUACGACGGUCUAGGGGGCACGCUGUCCUCAGUUGUGUUUGGUCAGCAGGCAGGUGUCGCUGCCGGUGCAUCUCCCCAACCCGAAUCUGAGAAGCCUAAUAAGCUUUCUCGUCACAUCGAUGUUACCGAGUCCGAGUCGACAGUCACCUUGAAGGCGAAUGAUUGCAUAGCUAACUGGUCGAAUGAGCGUGGUCAUUGGAUUGCUCAGUGGUCGUGGAAGGGUGGCGUUGCACCCGAGCAGCACAUUGGUUCCGGCAUUGGAGAGUACUCGCGGAAGUCUCUAAGCGUCAGCGAGGAGGAGCAGUUUGCUUCAGAAAUGAAGUUGUGGGUGGACAAUGGAUGGCUUGUCAAGUACGACUCCGAGGCAUUCGGAGAGCCUGUCGCUGUCUUGCCGAUACUUGCCGUUAGUCAGCAGCACAAGGCAUCCACGCCGGUUCGGCCGUGCUUGGACUACCGUGCCCUGAAUGCCUGUCUUGUGUCCCACCCCGGUGUCACCGCUCCAGCUUGUGACGCGAAACUCCGUGACUGGCGCAGACGUAGUGCCGACAGUGUUCUUCUCGACAUCCGGAAAGCCUACCUGCAAGUUCGGAUCCAUCCCACCCUGUACAAGUACCAAACCGUUGUGUACAAAGGCGAGUUGUAA